AUGCUGAGGCAGGAGGUCCUCUUGGGGGUCUGUCGCAUUGAAAACGACAAAAAACGCAAUGACACGUUCACCAAGCGGCAUGCUAAUUUUUUCAAAAGUGCCAGUAACCUCUCCGCUCUCACGGGCGUGAGGGUUGCUGUCAUCCUAGAGAAGGAAUCGGGAAAGAUGCAUGGUUUUGGGAUGCCGUUAGUGGAACCCAUUGUUGAUUCUUUCCUGUCAGGAGAUCCACUUAUCGAACCGCUUGUCGAUGAACAAGCGAAAGAUAGGAUUGUAUUGCUGCAGAGAGAGGUGACUAGGUUGGACAUGGAGAAUGCAAAGCUAGAUACGAGAGCAAACCUCUCGCUGCAACACAUCAAGAAGAUCCAAGCUCAGAACCCAAGGUUGCCAGCAAAUAAUAUCUUCUCCAAGGGAGAAGAUCUUAGUCUUGAAGACCUAACCAACCUCUUCAAUGCCCUCUUGCGAGUCAAGGAGGUAAUUAGACGACGUCUGCCUCCACUACAACAUGGCCAUGAACCAACAACUGGUGGUCCAAACGUGCGGCAAAACUGGUUGCUACCAAGUGGUCCUUCACAAGAUCACCCACAGAUUCAUCAGACUUCACAAAAACCAUCUUCAUCCCACAAUCUUCCACCUCAGGUGAUGCCUCCAGUUCUAGUACCAUUAACACCACAACGCACUAUGGAACCACAUUUUCCUAUGCAUUUACCACAUAUGUUCUACUCCCCAGUUUACCUCCGUCCUACAAUCAGUUGUUGA